GCCCUAGCCUUUUUGUGGAAACUAUAAAAAAGCCCUAGCAUUUCUUCUACAUGCUCAAUACGCUCAUUGUCAUUGUUAUAUAACAAAGGGAAGCCUCUCUCUCUCUCUCUCUCUCUCUCUCUCUCUCUCUCUCUCUCUCUCUGAUAUGGGUGGCUCUGUGAAGGAUGUUGCUUCGAAGGCGGAGCUCGAUAACGUGCGCCAAAGCGGCGCACCGGUUAUCCUCCACUUCUGGGCGUCGUGGUGCGACGCGUCGAAGCAGAUGGAUCAAGUCUUCUCCCAUCUGGCCACCGAUUUCCCUCGUGCCCAUUUCCUCAGGGUAGAGGCCGAGGAGUAUCCCGACAUAUCGGAGGCUUACUCCGUGUCCGCCGUUCCCUUUUUCGUCUUCUUUAAGGAUGGCAAGAACGUGGACAGGCUCGAGGGGGCGGAUCCGUCCAGUUUGGCCAAUAAAGUUGCCAAAGUUGCUGGUUCUAUAACUUCUGCGGAGCCUGCAGCUCCUGCGAGUCUUGGAUUGGCUGCAGGGCCGACAGUUCUCGAAACUGUGAAAGAGAUUGCGAAAGAUCCUGGCUCGUUGAAGGCAGAAGACCGAGCCAAGCCUGGCGGGCUCACUGACGCAAUCAAAGAAUGCCUGGAACAGCUCAUCAACUCUCACCCCGUCAUGUUGUUCAUGAAAGGUUCCCCUGAAGAGCCGAGGUGCGGGUUUAGCAGGAAGGUGGUCAACAUUUUGAAAGAGGAGAAGGUCCAGUUCGGAAGUUUCGACAUUCUCUCCGACAACGAAGUGCGUGAGGGUUUGAAGAAAUUCUCAAACUGGCCGACGUACCCUCAGCUGUACUGCAAAGGGGAGCUUCUAGGUGGGUCUGACAUAGUGAUAGCGAUGCACGAGAGUGGUGAACUAGAAGAAGUUUUCAGAGAUCACGGGAUCACUACAGUUAACGCCAUUGAUUCAAAAGAAAUCCGGGAUGGAGCUGGGAAGGGAGGGAUCAGCUCGAACAGCACAGGAUUAAGCCAGGCCCUCCGAUCUCGGCUCGAGGGUCUGAUCAAUUCUCACUCAGUUAUGCUGUUCAUGAAGGGAAAACCAGAGCAACCCAGUUGCGGAUUCAGCGGGAAGGUCGUUGAAAUCCUCAAACAAGAAAACAUUGACGAGUUUGGGAGUUUCGACAUACUUUCGGACGAUGAAGUUCGUCAAGGGCUUAAACUAUACUCAAACUGGUCGAGUUACCCUCAGCUCUAUAUCAACGGUGAACUCAUCGGUGGAUCUGACAUCGUCUUGGAGAUGCAGAAGAGCGGUGAGCUCAGAAAGGUUUUGUCGGAGAAGGGGAUGAUCCCGAAACCGAAACUGGAGGACCGGCUUCGGGAAUUGAUCAACUCUUCAAAGGUGAUGCUUUUCAUGAAGGGCAGUCCGGAGUCGCCCAGAUGUGGAUUCAGCUCGAAAGUGGUGAAUGCACUGAGAGAGGAAGGGGUGAGUUUCGGGUCGUUCGAUAUCCUAACAGACGGGGAAGUGAGGGAAGGGUUGAAGAGGUUAUCGGACUGGCCGACGUUUCCGCAGCUUUAUCACGAGGGCGAGCUGAUUGGUGGGUGUGAUAUAGUUAUGGAGAUGAAGAACAGUGGCAGCCUUAAAUCUACUCUAACUGGAUAGUCUUAUUUUUGUUGUUGGGCAUUGGUUUAUGGUUCUUGUCUUGAAUCCAAUAAAGAUGGGAGAUGUUAGUUAUCCCACUUUGGGACACAUGUGGUCUGAAUGAUACAUGCAAGGGCAAGUAGAGGAACUUUCAUUA